GCCACUUCGGGAGCUUACGAGCCAACAGGGCCGAAUAUUGGAGCUCUUUAGAAGCUUUCUGGCGUAUAUAUAAGCCACUUUUCUUUUAAAAUACACAUUUUUUUUGUUGUUGUCAUCAAGCUGUUAUUACAUUUAAUAUAAUAUUUAACGUUGUUAGAUUCUCUAGCUCGCUGGUUAACUUAGCAGUAGGACUAGGCUAACGCUAACUAGCUAGCUUGCUAACAUCAUCGACCAUAAAGUCACAAAGCUACUCUCCCCCAGUUGCUAAAUAAGAGGUCUGCUAGACAGAGAAAAAAGGGUUUCGAGGAGGCUGUUACAGUGAAAGGAGAAGAGGAAGACGCUUUUAGAGUGAAAGAGGAGAAGGAUGUUGACUACCGUGAAAGAAGAGGAGAAGGAAGAGAAAGAGGAGGCUGCCGUUUUUGGAAUAAAGGAGGGGGAGAUGACGGUCACAGUGAAAGAAGAGGAAGACGUUUUUGGAGUGAAGGAGGAAGAGGAGGGGGAGAUGACUGUUACAGUGAAAGAAGAGGAAGACGUUUUUGGAGAGAAUGCGGAAGAGGAGGGGGAGAUGACUGUUACAGUGAAAGAAGAGGAAGACGUUUUUGGAGAGAAGGAAGAGGGGGAGAUUACUGUCACAUUGGAGGACGAAGAAGAACAGAAGACUGGAGAUGUGAUUAACACCAGUGAAUACAGAGAGAGACCAGACUCUCACUCUGACAGCGGGAAGAGUCCUUCAGGGGAACCAGACCCAGAGACGGCCAAACCAGCGAGACGACAUCACUGGUCCCAGUGUAAAAAGAGUUUCAAGUGGUUAUGGAAGCUUAAAAGUCAUGAUAGAACAGACACAGGAGGGAAGACUUCACAAUGUUCCCAGUGUGGAAAGAGUUUUACCCGGUUAGGGAACCUGAAAAGGCAUGAGAGAAUACACACAGGAGAGAAACCUUUCCAAUGUGCCCAAUGUGGAAAGAGUUUUACCCGGUUAGGGAGCCUGAAAGAACAUAAAAUAAUACACACAGGAGAGAAACCUUUCCAAUGCUCCCGGUGUGGAAAGGGCUUUAGGUGGUUAGGGAACCUGAAAAAGCAUGAGAGAACACACACGGGAGAGAAACCGUUCCAAUGCUCCCAGUGUGGAAAGAGUUUUCCACAUUUAGGGAGUUUGAAGGAGCAUGAAAGGACACACACAGGGGAGACAUCUUACCAUUGCUCCCUGUGUGGAAAGGAUUUUACCAAGCUAAGGAACCUAAUAAAACAUACAGAAUUACACACAGGAGAGAAGCCUUUCCAAUGCUCCCAGUGUGGGAAGGGUUUUACACGGCUAGGGAACCUGAAGGAUCACAAAAGAGUACACACAGGAGAGAAACCUUACCAAUGUUCCCAGUGUGGAAAGAGUUUUACACGGUUACGGAGCCUGAACGAACAUAAAUUAAUACACACAGGAGAGAAGCGUUUCCAAUGUUCUCAGUGUGGAAAGGGUUUUACCCUGUUAGGGAGCCUGAAAAAGCACGAGAGAACACACACAGGAGAAAAGCCGUUCCAAUGCUCCCAUUGUGGAAAGAAUUUUACACAAUUGGGGAGCUUGAAGGUGCAUGAAAGGGCACACACAGGGGAUACAUCUUACCAUUGCUCUCUGUGUGGAAAGAAUUUUACCAAGUUAGGCAACCUAAAAAAACAUAAACAAUUACACACAGGAGAGAAACCUUUCCAAUGCUCCCAGUGUGGGAAGGGUUUUACACGACUAGGGAACCUGAAGGAUCAUAAAAGAGUACACACAGGAGAGAAGCCGUUCCAAUGUUCGCAGUGUGGAAAGAAUUUUACAUGGUUAGGAAACCUGAAAAAGCACGAGAGAACACACACAGGAGAGAAACCGUUCCAAUGCUCCAAGUGUGGAAAUAGUUUUAAAAGGUUAGGGAGCCUGAAGGAGCAUGAAAGGACACACACAUGGGAGACAGCUUACCAUUGCUCUAUGUGUGGAAAGAAUUUUACCAAGUUAGGAAACCUAAACAAACAUGAAAAAUUACACACAGGACAGAAGACUUUCCAAUGCACCCAGUGUGGGAAGGGUUUUACACGGUUAGGGAAUCUGAAGGACCAUAAAAGAACACACACAAGAGAGAAACCUUUCCAAUGCUCCCAGUGUGGAAAGGGUUUUACCCAGAUAGGGAACCUGAAAAGGCAUGAGAAAAUACACACAGGAGAGAAGUCUUUCCAUUGUCCGCAGUGUGGAAAGGAUUUUACCCAGUUAGUGAACCUGAAAAGGCACGAGAGAACACACACAGUUUUAACAACGACCCCAGCAGUUGGAAACAGUUCGAAGAAUAGAACGGAAAACCGCGUGAGAACAAAAAAAAUGAAGAAACAGAAACCGAACCGGGAAAGAAAGUGAUCAGUUUUGAAACAGAACCUUUAUUUUAAAAGUAAAGUAUUAAUAACGUUAUUUUACAGUAACUGCAGUAACUUCUACAGUAACUGUCCAGUGAAACUCUUCUUUAAAAAGUUAAUAUUCUGUCGACAUAAUGUUGAGACAUGCUAUACUCAUUUGUGGCCAAAGCAUAAAUUGACACUUCAAAAACACUCAAACUUGUAUCUCAAACAGUCUGUUUAAAAAAAAUACUAUUUCCUCAUAGAACACGUUUACCUCCCUGCGGAGGAUGAGCUGGCCAAUCUGUUGUUGGGGUACGACCCACACUAUUCUGUUGUUGGGGUACGACCCACACUAUUCUGUUGUUGGGGUACGACCCACACUAUUCUGUUGUUGGGGUACGACCCACACCAUUCUGUUGUUGGGGUACGACCCACACCAUUCUGUGGUUGGGGUACGCCCACACCAUUCUGUUGUUGGGAUGCGAUCCACACCAUUCUGUUGUUGGGGUACGACCCACACUAUUCUGUUGUUGGGGUACGACCCACACCAUUCUGUUGAUGGGGUACGCCCACACCAUUCUGUUGUUGGGGUACGACCCAAACCAUUCUGUUGUUGGGGUACGACCCACACUAUUCUGUUGUUGGGGUACGACCCACACCAUUCUGUUGUUGGGGUACGACCCACACCAUUCUAUUGUUGGGGUACGACCCACACCAUUCUGUUGUUGGGGUACGACCCACACCAUUCUGUUGUUGGGAUACGACCCACACCAUUCUGUCGUUGGGAUACGACCCACACCAUUCUGUUGUUGGGGUACGACCCACACCAUUCUGUUGUUGGGGUACGACCCACACCAUUCUGUUGUUGGGAUGCGAUCCACACCAUUCUGUUGUUGGGGUACGACCCACACUAUUCUGUUGUUGGGGUACGACCCACACCAUUCUGUUGUUGGGGUACGCCCACACCAUUCUGUUGUUGGGGUACGACCCAAACCAUUCUGUUGUUGGGGUACGACCCACACUAUUCUGUUGUUGGGGUACGACCCACACCAUUCUGUUGUUGGGGUACGACCCACACCAUUCUAUUGUUGGGGUACGACCCACACCAUUCUGUUGUUGGGGUACGACCCACACCAUUCUGUUGUUGGGAUACGACCCACACCAUUCUGUCGUUGGGAUACGACCCACACCAUUCUGUUGUUGGGGUACGACCCACACCAUUCUGUUGUUGGGGUACGACCCACACCAUUCUGUUGUUGAGGUACGCCCACACCAUUCUGUUGUUGGGGUACGACCCACACUAUUAUGUUGUUGGGGUACGACCCACACCAUUCUGUUGUUGGGGUACCCCCACACCAUUCUGUUGUUGGGGUACGACCCACACCAUUCUGUUGUUGAGGUACACCCACACCAUUCCAACACAGAAAAUAUGCUUUUAACAUAUUUAUUAAAGAAAAGAUUGGAAGGAAAGUAUUUCACUCAUAUUAUAAGUAAUUAUAAGUCAUAUUUCAUAGAAAUCUAGAAACACUGGGAACUUACUUUAAUUAAGUUCCAGGCAGUUACAGGGCCUCUCGAGUGGCGCAGCGGUCUAAGGCAUCGCAGUGCGAGCUGUGCGCCUAGAGAUCCUGGUUCUAGUCCAGGUUCUGUCUCAGUGCUAGCUAUGCCACUAGAGAUCCUGGUUCUAGUCCAGGCGUGCCACUAGAGAUCCUGGUUCUAGUCCAGGUUCUGUCUCAGUGCUAGCUGUGCGCCUAGAGAUCCUGGUUCUAGUCCAGGUUCUGUCUCAGUGCGAGCUGUGCGCCUAGAGAUCCUGGUUCUAGUCCAGGUUCUGUCUCAGUGCUAGCUGUGCCACUAGAGAUCCUGGUUCUAGUCCAGGCGUGCCACUAGAGAUCCUGGUUCUAGUCCAGGUUCUGUCUCAGUGCAGGUUCUGUCUCAGUUCUGUCUCAGUAGAGAUCCUGGUUCUAGUCCAGGUUCUGUCUCAGUGCUAGCUGUGCCAUUAGAGAUCCUGGUUCUAGUCCAGGUUAUGUCUCAGUGCUAGCUGUGUCACUAGAGAUCCUGCUUCUAGGCCAGGUUCUGUCUCAGUGCUAGCUGUGCCAUUAGAGAUCCUGGUUCUAGUCCAGGUUAUGUCUCAGUGCUAGCUGUGUUACUAGAGAUCCUCGUUCUAGUCCAGGCUCGCAUUCGUCCACGACCGGGAAACCAAUGAGGCGGUGCACAAUUGGCCCAGCAUCGUCCGAGUUUAGUUUAUUUUAUUUUUACAGGGACAGUGCUCAUUAAUCAACGUUUCAGUAAAAGUGCCGGUUUUAGCCAGCCGGCUAAUUUUCAACCGCAGUCCCUGGGCAGGUUAUUAAAAACAAUUACAAUAUAGACAAUAGCACCAUAGACAUAGCAACAUAGCAACAUAGGACAAGCAAGACAUAGCAUACAGACAGAGCAACAUAGAACAAAAAGCAGCAAGACAAAAUUCAUAAAAGCAACAAAGUGUUUCCAUACCUCACAAGCUACAGACAACAUGGAAAGCGGCAACACACAGCUAGGGACCAUGUUCACAAAUCUGAUUGACCUGUAGCCAUGUCUUCAAGCAUUUUGUGAAAGUGUGAUAUGUGGUGCAGGGUUAGGGGAGGGUUUGGCCCAGCAUCGUCCGGGUUAGGGGAGGGUUUGGCCCAGCAUCGUCCGGGUUAGGGGAGGGUUUGGCCCAGCAUCGUCCGGGUUAGGCCCAGCAUCGUCCGGGUUAGGGGAGGGUUUGGCCCAACAUCGUCCAGGUUAGGGGAGGGUUUGGCCCAGCAUCGUCCUGGUUAGGGGAGGGUUUGGCCCAGCAUCGUCCGGGUUAGGGGAGGGUUUGGCCCAGCAUCGUCCGGGUUAGGGGAGGGUUUGGCCCAACAUCGUCCAGGUUAGGGGAGGGUUUGGCCCAGCAUCGUCCUGGUUAGGGGAGGGUUUGGCUCCGCAUCGUCCGGGUUAUGGGAGUGUUUGGCCGGCAGGGAUGUUGUUGUCCCAUCGUGAACUAGCGACUCCUGUGGCGGGCCGGGCACAAUGCACGCUGACACGGUCGCCAGUGUUAACUCCACCACAUUGGUGCGGCUGGCUUCCGGGUUAAGCGGGCAUUGUGUCAAGAAGCAGUACGGCUUGGCUGGGUUGUGUUUCGGAGGACGCACGGCUCUCGACCUUUGCCUCUCCCGAGUCUGUACUGGAGUUGCAGCGAUGGGACAAGGCUGUAACUACCAAUUGGAUACAACGAAAUAGUGGAGAAUUUUCUUAUUUUUUUUAAACAGAAUAAAAAAAAAAAUAUAUAUAGUUUUUAAAGCCAACAAAGGGCAAAGACCUAAUUCUCACUCAGAACUCUCCCAGCUGAAAAUGUUUUCCAUUGUGUUUUGAGUACCUGUCCCUCCCUCCCACAGAAGCAUCAUAGCUGUAGCCCCGCCCCCUCAGAAGCAUCAUAGCUGUAGCCCCUCCCUCUCAGUAGCAUCAUAGCUGUAGCCACUCCCCCUCAGAAGCAUCAUAGCUGUAGCCCCUCCCCACCAGAGGCAUAAACUACUGUACUGACAUUUUCAAGUUUGAUUCAGAAGAUAAGAGAGAUUUUUAAUUAGAGAAGAAGGGAUUCACUUUUUCAAUGAUACUAUAGUUAUCACGUUUCACAUUGUAUUUAUUAACUACAGAAAGGUAAGAUGUGUUUUUAAUGCUGGUGUCACUCUGAACACACACCGAAGUUCAACGUUCCUCCAUAGAAGCCUCCUCCUCCGUAGGUAUAAUUCUGUGAUACGCUACAACAAGACAAGCCUGCUCCUCCCUCUCUCGCUCUCUCCGCCCACAAAAUGUAUGUGGCUCCUUGCGCUCUACACUUGUCUGUCCAACACGCAUGUAAAUAACUAGCUUGCCCGCUCCCAUAGCAAGCUGCUCUGUCCACACUGAUUGGUGCGGAAUGAAAGGAGUUCUAGAGUUCUAGAAUUGUGGUUCCAACCCCUGGGGUGUAUUCAUUACGAAACGGGGAGGGACUUAUCAGAAUUUGUCCAAUAGAAAAUCCGCCCCAAAUUGCAAAAUGUUCCCGAAUCUUGCGAAUGUUUUACCCAGUUAGGGAACCUGAAAACACAUGAGAGGGAACACACAGGGGGAAGAUAAGACCACAUUUUCCAGGACACCUACAAUAAGAUCAUAAA